AUGUGUAACGUGUUGCGACUAGUUUCAACGUCUGUUUUUAUUCGUUUCUGUUUUUGUUUUUUCUUACCAUAACGACCGUUAGAUAAAAAAAAAAAAAAAAAAAAAAGUUGAAAAAUCCUUUAUUAUUUCUCUUAAAAUUAUUAAUUAUUAAUUAUUUAAAAUAUGGAUCAAGUUGUGACUGAUAAUAAUUCAAAUGAUAAUAAUUUCAAGACUGAAAAUCAAUUGAAUUCAAAUAUGUUGAUGAUGGACAAAGAAAGUGAUGACAACAAUAAAGAAAAUUGUAAAUAAUUUAAUUUUUUAUGUAUUCAUUGUUUAAAUAAAUAAUUUAAAAAUACAGUCACCUGGUGCAAAAAAUCUCGAGGUCAACAAACUGACAACAGUAUUAAACAUCAAUGAUAAUGAAAAUCAAAAAGUUGUGACUGGAUCACAUGAAGAUUCAACUGUCAAAGACACUGUGACAGAAGAUUUGAACAAAGCUGCUUUGCUAAAUCAACAAAUAGAAGAGAAACGUGUAUCUGAAGAAAAAUUUAAAAAUGAACAACAAGAAAAUGCAUACAAACGUUUGAUGCAUUUGUUGACUCAAAGUAAAUUUUACAAUAAUUUUUUGACAAAAAAACUUCAGGGUGAUGAAGUGACACCAGAAGAACAACAAGAAGUUGAAGAUGCAAAAAAAAAACCUGGUACACGUUCAUCAUCACGUUUGUCAUCAAAAAAAGUUGAUAGAAAAAGAAAACAUGAUAGUGCUGAUGAUGAUGAUGAUGAAGAUUAUGGAUCAGCAAAUAAACGUCCAAAAAGAAAUACUAAAUCAAAAAAGUUGAAUAAAAUAGUUAACCCAGAAUUGAAAAAAAAAUUAAAAGAAAAACUUGAUAAUUCUGAUGGUAAUAUUAAUAAUUCAUUAUCAGAUAGUGAACAAUUAGAGAGUGAAAAAACUACUGGUAAUCAAGAUAAUGGAUUUAUACAGCCAAAAUAUUUAACAGCUGAACUUCGAGACUAUCAAAAAGCUGGACUUCGUUGGUUGAUAGCUCUCUAUGAAAAUGGCUUGAGUGGAAUACUAGCUGAUGAAAUGGGACUGGGUAAAACAGUUCAAUCAAUUGCAUUGAUAAGUUAUCUUUUAGAGAAAAAAAUUGCUGGACCAUUUCUUGUUAUUGCACCUUUAUCAACAAUACCAAACUGGCAAACAGAAUUAGAUAAAUUUGCUCCAACAGUACCAUUUGUUAUUCUACAUGGAAAACCAGAAGAACGUAAUAAACAACUUAGAAAAAUACGUAAAAAAUAUACAAUUGAAAGUGGAUUUACAACUUUACCACUUGUUAUAACAACUUAUGAAGUUGCUGUACAAGAACAAAAAAUAAUAUGUCAACAAAAAUGGCGUUAUAUUAUUAUUGAUGAAGGACAACGUAUUAAAAAUUCAAAUUGUUUAUUAUUCAAGGUAUUGGAAAAAUGUACUUCAAUGAAUCGUUUGUUAUUAACUGGUACACCAUUGCAAAAUGAUCUAUCAGAAUUAUGGUCAUUAUUAAAUUUUUUAAUGCCUGAAUUAUUUGAUGAUCUUGAUGUAUUUGAGUCAUGGUUUGAUGCAAAAGAUUUGCUGGACAAAAAUGGUACAGAUAAAUUUUUGGAGCAAGAAAAAGAUAAAAAAAUUGUUGGACAUUUACGAGAAAUAUUAAAGCCAUUCAUGUUGAGAAGAUUAAAAAUUGAUGUUUGUCCAGAUAUACCACCUAAAAAAGAGGUUGUUAUAUAUGCACCAAUGACUGAUAUUCAACGUGAAUUAUACAAAGCAACAUUGAAUCGUGAUAUUGCUAAAUAUCGUCGUGUUGAUCCAGUUAAAUUAAUAAUUGAUGAUGAAAAUGGACGUAGACCAAAAAGAAGAUGUACAAUGAGAAAUAAAUAUAGUACAAGUUAUCAAGAUCCAACCAUGUCAUCACAAUCAUCACAGUCAUCAGUAUCAUCACAAUCAUCAGUAUCAUCAGCAUCAAUGUCAUCAGAAUCAUCAGCAUCAUCUGGAUCAAUGUCUUUAAAUGAUGAAUGGAAAGCUGAUAUGUCAGAAUUAUUACCAGCAUUGCCAGCUAUUGAUAUGAAUGGAUUUAAUGAAGUUAAACAACUAGCUGAUAUUAAAACAAAUGACUUUGAGAUGAAACAGAUGCUAAAUAAUAAUCCAGUUAUUCUAGAUGUGGCAGAUUUUGAAAAGCUAGAAAAUAUAUGGGGUGAACAUGCUAAAAUAACUGCUGAAAAUGCUCAUUAUUUUAAAAAAUUAACUCAUGGACAUCGUCUAACAUUGUACAAGCAAAUUGUUAAUCAUCCAUAUCUUGUAAAUGGUCCAAUACAUGCUGGUAAUCUUCCAGUUGUUAAUCAAGAACUCAUAAAUGUAUCAGGUAAAUUUUUAGUUCUUGAUGCAAUGUUAAAAAAAUUAUAUGAACAAGGACACAAGGUAUUGAUAUUUUCAACAUUUACAUCAAUACUUGAUUAUAUUGAAAAAUAUUUAGAAAUGAGACCAUGGAAAUGGACACGCCUUGAUGGUUCAUAUAAAAUUGAAGAUCGACAAUAUAAUAUUGAUUUAUUUAAUAAUGAUCCAAGUUUAUUUUUAUUUUUAAUAACAACAAGAGCUGGUGGUGUUGGUCUUAAUUUAAUGGGUGCUGAUACUGUUAUAAUAUUUGACAGUGAUUGGAAUCCACAAGCAGAUAUUCAAGCUAUGGCAAGAUGUCAUAGAAUUGGUCAAACACGUCCUGUUAUUAUUUAUAAACUUUGUACAAAAGGAUCAUAUGAUGAAUUAAUUGUUGAUCGUGCUACUGCUAAAAGAAAACUUGAAAAACUUGUCAUAUCUGAAGAUUUAAAUUGUGGUAGUUUUGAUAGAGACAUGCUGAUGGUAAUGCAACAACUUCUUGAAAAAACUGAGCAUGAAAUUGUCAACUCAGAAAAAGGGAUUUUCACUGAUGAGGAACUGGAAAAACUCAUGGAUCGCAGUGACUUAAUUAAGGAAAUGAAUGAUCAUAAAAAAUCUAUCAACUCUGAAUUAAAAACUGAAGAAAAAAAAGAAGAAUAAUAUUUAUUUUUUAUAAUAUCUUUAAAGCUUUUUUAAGCGUUGCUUGUUAAACUUAUUUCUUUUAUAUUUUGUAAUCAGCUUAUUGCUUGAAGCUUAAAAAAAAAAAAAAAAAUACUAGCUAGGAUGAAUGCAUUGAUCCAAAUAUUUUGUUAGUUUGUAAUGUUAGUUUAAAAAAAAAACAAACAAACAAAAAAAUUUUAUUACAAAAUGACAAUACAAAUUUUAUAUUAGCAUGUCAUUUAAUAAUCAGUUAACAGUUUUUAUAAAAAUAAUAGUUACUGACAUUGAAAUUUAAAUAACUACAUGAUAAAGCAGAAAAUAAUUAAAUUAUUAUUCUUGUUUGGUUAUCUAUAUUUUAUCUUAAAAUCAUCAAUAAUAAUAUAAAUAUUAUUUUGUUGAUGGCAAAAUGAAUAUAUGAGUUAGAAAAAAAAAAAAAAAAAUGUCAACGUUUUGUUUGAAAAUUUAUUAAUAGUUAAUUACUUAUUAUAUUGAAAAAAAAAAAAAUCUUAUUUUAUAAAAUGAAAUUUAUCUCUUUAGAAAUUAAUCCAUUUAAUUUUUCUUAGUAAUUAAUAUAUCAUUCAAUACUGUUUAAUAAAUGCAUUUUGAUUUUUUAUACUUGAAAAAA